AUGCGAAAUCGACCACCGCCACAAGAACGACACAAAGCUCUUCUCAAAAUUGAACUCAGUUGGGGUGAGAGAGCCGAAGGAAAAAUGAGAGAUAAAGAAAAUCAAAGUAGUCAGGGAAAAAUACGAAAACACCGAAUACAAAAUUCUGCCACACUUGUGUUUAGUCUACUCCUUUCCCAAGCUCCGUUUACAUCAGCUGACAUCCUGAAGCAGCUCCAUGUUAUUACCCGACAUGGAUCUCGCCCACCUUUGAGCAAGGAUGCCAAUACUUUAUUGGAAAGCGGAGGUGAAACAUUGACGCCACUAGGACAGAAGCAGCUCUUCGACCUCGGAAAAUGGCUUCGGGAUCAGUACGCAGUUGGUGAUUUUAUGGAAAUAUAUGACCACAAGAUGGAUCGCCUGGAGUCCAGCAAUCUAGAUAGAACUUUAACUUCUGCAAAUUCCUUGAGCUUGGGUGUGUUUCCAAAAGAGGCAAGGCUCGGAGGAAAUGCUGAUCAGUUCUUUCAAAACCCCUUGCCCCACCCACCGGCUAUCCCAAUCUUUUCUCGUCAGGAUAAAAAUGAUAUAUAUCUUCGAGCAUACCACAACUGUCCGAGGUUUAACCAAAACUUAAAACGGCUCUACACAUCCGGAACAUGGAUAUCACUAGAGGAAAACAGUCAAACUUUGUUGCAGAAGCUAGCAGAGAAAUUGCCUACGUUAUUGGACGACAAUAUCACUUCUGUUGUGGCUUUAAAAGAUGUCUGGAAUUUUUAUGACCUCAUCCACGUCGCAAGGACAGAAUGCAACCCCGAUCCGACUUCAUAUGCUUGCCAAUCUGCAAUCGAAGACCCAAAUAUUCGAUCAGCCCUCUCAGAUGAUGAAUUCGCAGAGUUAGAAUCUGUGGUCCAUCAAACCGAACAAUUGAAAUUCGGCCUUGCAACAGCAGAAAGCUUGCUCGGUAGCAAUCUAUUGUGGGAGAUUCUCGAUCGAACAACGCAAUCUGGGCGAUUCUUUCUCUACUCCGCACACGCACCAACGAUACUUGGUCUUUUGAGCACUUUGAAGACGUGGGGUAUUGGUGAAUUGUUUGUAGACUACGGCAGUGCGAUUGUCGUGGAGGUAUAUGAGAGCUCAUCACAAGCUGUCUCCAUCCGAAUAGUCUACAAGGCAGCUUCCAACGCAACUUCCACCCCUGUCACUCUAUCGGAUAUCGACUGUAACGGAAACAAUCUUUUUGUGGGCCAAGAUACGUCAACGUGCCCCAUUGAGAAUGUUAUAAGCUGGGCAGAGAAAAACACCCUCAAAACAGUUGAAAACUGGUGCAAAGUCUGUGAAAACAUAUCCUCUGAUGUCUGCCUUAUGUCGGCCGCCGGUCCUUGGGCCUUGUUGGAAGAAGAGACGCAAGCGACGGAGCCAGAAGUGAUUCUCGGAACAUUCUUCGGAGGGUUUGCUGCUGGUUUGGUAUUUAUGUUCCUUUGUGUCACAUUUGCCAAUGCUUUCCGAGGAAAUGAUCAACGUGAGACAAUUGUGCCAUGCAAUGUAGGGCAUGAUGGACAGCCACCACAGGAAGAGCCAAAUACCAUACAGUUGGAUGAAGCGGACCAUGGCAGUGAUGAAAAGAGCCUCGCCAGCAUUACAUAG